AUGCAAAAAGAGAGAAGACCUAAUAAAAAACAUCAACACGAACUUAAUGAAAACAUACAAAGAGUUGAAUAUCUGAUUAUAAAUGCGAAUAAUCCAUUUAACAUUGCAGUGUAUAAUGAGUUUAGUGUGAGAGCAAAAAAGCGAAACAAGCCAGAAUGA